ACCAGUGCUUUGUCAGGAAAGUGUUUCCAAAGCCAUAAUGAAUAACCAGGCUGGUAGUAAAAAAAAGCCUCUCUGAGUUAUAGUAUUUUUUUUUUUGAAUCCUAAUAUUUAAAAAAAUAAUAAAAAGCCCAUCUGGUGGAGAUGGUAAUUCAUUAAGGAAAAAGGAGGCAGAAGGCUUGGGAAAAUCAAUCAUUUUCUUUCUUAGUUUCAUGCAUUUGGGUUUCUGUGAAAUGACAGUGACCAAAAUCUGGAUUCUGGAUUAUGCAGAGUGGAGGAAAAUCCUAGGAACAUUCUUGGCGUGUUUUAAUUGCGGCUUCCCAGAAAUGAUGGUUUUCUGCCGGUGUGGUGUCAGUGAGCUGAUGGAUGUGCUCUUACAAGUGGUCUUUAGAAGUGGCAGGAGAGACGGGGUGGGAAGAAGAAGGGCACAAGGACGCUGUACGUGAGGAAGGAGCUAGACUCACUCAGGAAACUCCUCAUUCUUCCUGAGCUGGCCCGGCACACCCACAGGGGGGCACACCCCUCCCGUGAGUCCAGUUCAGCCCACAAACUCCUGGGAGGAGAGCCAGGGCCCCAGCCUCUCCUUUGGGGAGCAGAGGCAGUCCUUCUGUGUGCCAGCCGCCUAGGAAAGAACAGCUGAAACCUUAGAGCUUUGUGCAUGUUAAUGACCUUGGCAAUGACUGAGCUCGUGGACCCUCAUCACAGCGUUGGAGACCGCAAAGUGGCCCACCCUCAGGACCCUCACCACCCGUCGGAGAAGCCUGUCAUUCACUGCCAUAAAUGUGGGGAGCCCUGCAAGGGUGAAGUGCUUCGGGUCCAGACCAAACAUUUCCACAUCAAAUGUUUCACCUGCAAAGUGUGUGGCUGCGACCUGGCCCAAGGGGGCUUCUUCAUAAAGAACGGAGAGUAUCUCUGCACCCUGGACUACCAGCGGAUGUAUGGGACACGCUGCCAUGGCUGCGGGGAGUUCGUGGAGGGCGAGGUGGUGACUGCUCUGGGCAAGACCUACCAUCCCAACUGCUUUGCUUGUACCAUCUGCAAGCGCCCGUUUCCACCCGGAGACCGAGUCACAUUCAAUGGGAGAGACUGCCUUUGUCAACUCUGUGCACAGCCCAUGUCUUCCAGUCCUAAAGAAGCCACCUGCUCCAGCAACUGUGCCGGCUGUGGAAGAGACAUCAAGAACGGGCAGGCGCUGCUGGCGCUGGAUAAACAGUGGCACUUGGGGUGCUUUAAAUGCAAGUCCUGCGGAAAGGUCCUCACCGGGGAGUACAUCAGCAAGGACGGCGCCCCGUACUGUGAAAAGGACUACCAGUGCCUCUUUGGGGUGAAAUGUGAAGCAUGCCAGCAGUUCAUCACAGGGAAGGUCCUGGAGGCAGGUGACAAACAUUACCACCCCAGCUGUGCACGAUGCAGCAGAUGCAACCAGAUGUUCACAGAAGGAGAGGAAAUGUAUCUUCAAGGUUCCACCGUUUGGCAUCCCAACUGUAAGCAGUCGACCAAGACAGAGGAAAAGCUGCGGCUGCCAAAAACUCAUCGAUCUUCAUCCGAUUUCUUUUAUCCCAAAAGUCUGGUUCGACGCACAGGACGAUCUCCUUUCCUGCAGCCUACCAGGACUUCCUCCGAAAGUAUUUAUUCUAGACCAGGCUCCAGUAUCCCUGGCUCCCCAGGUCAUACUAUCUAUGCAAAAGUAGACAAUGAAAUCCUGGAUUACAAGGAUUUAGCAGCCAUUCCCAAGGUCAAGGCUAUUUACGAUAUUGAACGUCCAGAUCUCAUUACCUAUGAGCACUUCUACUCUUCGGGCUAUGAUGACAAACAGGAGAGACAAAGCCUUGGAGAGUCUCCAAGGACUUUGUCUCCUACUCCAUCAGCAGAAGGGUACCAGGACGUUCGGGAUCGGAUGAUCCACCGGUCCACAAGCCAGGGCUCCAUCAACUCCCCUGUGUACAGCCGCCACAGUUACACUCCGACCACGUCGCGCUCUCCCCAGCACUUCCACAGACCUGGCAAUGAGCCGUCCAGCGGCAGGAACUCCCCUCUCCCUUACCGGCCAGACAGCCGCCCUCUAACUCCAACUUACGCUCAGGCCCCUAAACAUUUCCAUGUUCCAGAUCAAGGGAUCAACAUUUACCGAAAACCACCCAUCUACAAACAGCAUGAUGCAGCUGCCUUGGCAGCCCAGAGCAAGUCUUCAGAAGAUAUCAUCAAGUUUUCCAAGUUCCCAGCAGCCCAGGCUCCAGACCCCAGCGAGACACCAAAGAUUGAGACGGACCACUGGCCUGGUCCCCCCUCACUUGCCGCCGUAGGAACUGACACGAGACGCAGAUCUAGUGGCAGAGAGGAAGAUGAUGAGGAACUUCUGAGACGCCGGCAGCUUCAAGAAGAGCAAUUAAUGAAGCUUAACUCUGGCCUGGGACAGUUGAUACUGAAAGAAGAGAUGGAGAACCGGGAAAGGUCAUUGCUGUCAGCCAGUCGCUAUGAUUCUCCCAUCCACUCAGCUUCACAUAUUCCAUCAUCUAAAACCUCAUCUCUCCCUGGCUAUGGAAGAAAUGGGCUUCACCGGCCUGUGUCUACAGACUUUGCUCAGUAUAACAGCUAUGGUGACGUCAGCGGGGGAGUGCGAGACUACCAGACCCUCCCGGAUGGCCACAUGCCUGCAAUGAGAAUGGACAGAGGAGUGUCUAUGCCCAACAUGUUGGAACCAAAGAUAUUUCCAUAUGAAAUGCUCAUGGUGACCAACAGAGGGCGCAACAAAAUCCUAAGAGACGUGGACAGAACCAGGCUGGAGCGCCAUUUAUCCCCUGAAGUGUUUCGGGAAAUCUUUGGAAUGUCCAUACAGGAGUUUGACAGAUUACCUCUCUGGAGACGCAACGACAUGAAGAAAAAAGCAAAACUCUUCUAAGUCCCACACGUAAAUGGCAAUUAGAAAAAGGACUGACGAUGGCGGUGAUGCAUAAUAGGAUGUCGUAUUGAGGCCAAACUUGAUUGGAGAAUUUGCAAACUGCUGUCCCUCAGCAACACCAAAAAGGGAAAGUCUGGUUAAAACACCCAUGAGUCCAAUAUUGGGCCAACCAACAGUAACACUUGCCAAGAAGCAAUGGGGUAGAAAUUCCUAUGUUCCCGAACUCUGCAGUGGUGUCCACAUGUGACCUUUUACAUUACUUUACGUACACAACAGGAGCUACUUUUUUUCCUCUUUUGUUUAACCAUUGUCCAACAAUAGCAAUGACUGUAUGGAUAAGCCAGCAAGUGCCCUUAGGAUGCCUCAUGGGAAAGAUCAGUUGUAAUAAUUCCAAAGUAUGAAUAUAUUUAUUAUACAGCACUGUGGCUGAGAAGGAAGAGUCUGAGGGACAUGUCCAUGUGGUAGCAGCAACUUUGCACUCACCCUUCCCAGCUGGCCUCGCGCAGCUCUGCCUGUGCUCUGCAGGAAUGGAAACCCAUCAGGGCACUGGGCAGCUCUGCUGGAGUGAGCUGAAAUCUCCGCAAAAAUAAUUGUUUAACAAGCUCCUUGUUCUCUACUGUUUGCUAGGACCUGGUUGGCGAAUUGCUUAGCUAUUACUUUCAAAAUUGUUUAAAGAGAAAGAGAAGGAAAAAGAAUGAAAGGGAAUCCUCCCUUACCUCUUUCUGCUUCAGGUAGCUUGAUUCUUGCUUCCCACUUGGGGCAAGAGCUGUCUUGGGCCCCACCUUUGCAAAGAAAGGAAAGACAGAAAUUGUCUUCUGAUUGGCCAGUUGCACGCUGUUGGUGAUUUUGCCAAGGCCGUAUCACUUUUGGCAAAAAAAAAAAAAAAAAAGUUCGUGUCCUACCAAUGCAAGUUCUUCCGCUCAGUGUCCUCUGCCCUCUAUCUGGCAUCCUUUGAAUCAGAUCAGGCCCUCACUGAUUUUGCUUUUAAGGUUGUAUCAGUAAUAGGCUACAGAAAAAUACAUUUUUCUCUUUCAAAUUUCUGCCACUCCAAAGUAGAUUCCCUCAGAUGGAUUCCAUUUGGCCUUUUCAGGGUUCCUUCUUGACUAGCGCUGUUGACUUCAGUGUGUGUGUGUGUGUGUGUGUGUAACUCACCCAGGGUAGCUUUGUGAGUCUGCAUGUACUUCUUAAUUUCUGCUUGAAUGUUUGUCUCACUGUGCUGCAGUUUCUGCGGGACAUUUGCUCAAGUGCAUGUGACUCAGAGAUCGAGAGUGAGGCCAAACCAUACCCCAGCAUGGCGGCCUUCAUGGCAGGGUGUUGAUACUUAGAAGCCACGCGCGGAUGUGGCUCCCCGCAGGAUCAGACUGAAGACCACAGAGCUAGGAUCAGGCUGGGUGUGGAGGUCAGAGCAGCUCACCAACGUCCUCAUGUUCUCCAACACUAGAUUCCAGUUUGAGCCUAGGGUGUCACCAACGUGCGUAUAGAACCCCCUCGUGAUUCCUGAUGUGAGUUAGAUGAGGGAGAGUUUCUCCACCUCCACACACAGUUAAAUCCUAUUCUCGUACUUUGAGUCUCUGCUUCAGAAUUUAAACUCUGUUUUAAAGCCAAAGAAGAAAGCAUUUGAAUUCUCCUCCAUUUGCCACUGAGAACAAAAGCUCAGACAUUCUUCCUGCUGGCACCGAGUGUUAGGAUUACUGGCUGUCUCUCUGACACCAGUGGUAAAAAGCAAGUAGAAUAGUUUCUGAACGCGCAUUGCAGACCUCUGGCUUGUGACACACUUCUGACACUUGGGUGCUGGAGUGAACACUCUAGUUUUGUAGUAUUCUCCUGUGCUCUUACUGAAGGAAUCUAAAUGUGCCCUCUCACUGCUAUGCACUGAAUGUGUGAGGACUGCUCUGACAAAUACAUGUGUGUGUGUGUGUGUGUGUGUGUGUGUGUUGGACCUACUAACAUGUUUAACAAAUGGCUCUGACAAGGUGGCCUGAGCGGAUGAGCCCAGCUCCUGCCUGGUCGAAACCCGGACUGCAGCUUGCAGUUGUGCCCCUUCGUGUGUGAGUUGCCUCUGUUCCAUUCCGUGUUUUCCCCGUCAUGUCCUCUCCUGCACUGGCAGCCUCAGCACGAAGCCUGGGUGUCCUCGUCCUUGCUUGGCCCUGGCAGAGUGUGGGGGUGGGGAGGAUGGUGCAUUCCCCAUGUUUCCCUGCCCCAGUCAACAACAGUGGGGGCCAAAUGGGGCCGAGCACUCAGCUGGUGGAGAGAUUUUUUUCCAUUAUGGAGAUAAUAAAGCCCCCCCCCCCCCCCGCAAGUUUUACACUGGCUAAUGAGUUAUCGUGCAGGACAAACCCCAGUAUAAGAAAAAUCAAGGUAUUUGGGAAACAUAGGCACAAUCAGGUGUUUUUUUUAAAAAAAUUGCUAUCUCUUGGUCUACAUAAAGAGGACAGGCUCUGUCAUAGAAUGGGGACAUUAGACUGAAAAAAGAGGCACCCUCCCCCCUUGUGUUACAGAGACCCGGAGUUAAGGGGCCUAAGAUUACAAUGAUAGUUAAAGAACUGAACCCUAAAUCUGCCCCACUAAUGAAACCCGGCUUUUCUUGUAUCUUUUGAACCCACUUCUGCAUCCACUUGAAGGGAAAAAAAAUUUCUUUCCAUAUCAAGUAUUAUGUUAGUUAAUUUAAACUACACCGUGCAGAAAUGCACUGCCAGGAAACAUCAGUGGCCUCUUGUCUGCAAGCAGAGUAGUGCUCUGCCCUGGAAGGGGUCGUUAAACACCACAGUGUAGAGUGGGCCCCUCCUCUGUUCCCCAGCAGAUUGUUCCAGCUGGAAGGAUGGGUCAUGGGACAUCUGGUUCUCCUAAUUGCCAAACCUAAUGUAUGGAUUAUGACGUUCUACCGGUUUUGUUAAACUGGACUCAGUGUGCUUGUUCUCAUACUAUCCAAGCCACAGUUCAGGAGACGGAUGUUCUCUGCUUUAACCCUGCCCUAUACAACACAUGAAAAUUGUGCUUGUUCACACACUCAAAUUAAUGGAGUUUGUUCACCCUAGGAAAGGAAUUAUAUACAUGGCAGGCUUCCCUGGUGCAUAUAUAAAGGGCUACAUUUUUGAGCAUUUGACUUACGUGUGACUCUAAGCGCAUACUGAUUGCAUGACUAUAUGAAAGUCAGUGCUUCCUUUAAAAUUCUUCCAGAAAAAUCCAGGCUAUCAUGUAGUCUUCCUGCGUGAUUUAUUAGGAGAUAGGAAGAGCAUUUGGAAACUUGUACAGCUAGCUAUGCAUCUACAUUUUGGUUUGGGGUUAGUUUGAAAUGUUCUUAAUGUGACUUCUUCAAUAACUAAACAUAAGCAGCCUGUUCUUUGAAACCUCAAAGAAAAAAACUAGAGUUAAUGGGUUAAAAAAAAUGAGGGUGGUUUUCUGUCGUAUCUUCCCAUCUCCACCCCUUCCCCCCUCAAUUCUGUCUUCUCCAAGCUGCGUGUCCUCUUCUGAGGCAGAGGCUGGAGCAGUUCUUUUUUUCAACUCUCAUCUCUCCAUCCCAAACUCGCAUAUCAGUCAACUCUAACCUGGAGAAGUCUAGCUGGUAAUAUUUCUAAAACUUUCACUGAAUUUCUUUACACUUUGAAGCAAACAUCUUUUUCUAAGAAUUGCUUCUCGGAUGAUUAUAUAAAACAUACAUGCUUUUGCAAGUUUGAAAAAUUCAAAUUAACGACUUUUGACUAGAUAAGUCCUUCUAAAAACCAUUUAAAGCAAACUUGGUGUUAGUGUCCUCUGGCAUGUCAUAGGGACAGGUGACCACUCCAGGGUGUGUGCUCACAGAGCCUUUUUCUGACUGUCAUGUAAGACAGGUGGAAGGAAAACAAACUGUCUCAUCAACCUUUCUGUGUCCUCUGAAGCAAGUUCAGUUUUUAUAAAUCACCUCUUCUGUAUUUCUGGUAGCUAAUUAAUCUGUAUGUCUUAUGCUGUUCCUGAUUUUAUUUGAGUUUUAAAAUUGCUUUCUUUUGAUGAAAAUUGCUUUCUUUUGUCGGUAUGCCCUAAAAGUUGCUCUUUCCUGCUCUUUUUCUGGGUAGAAGAACCUCUCUAUUCAGAAAAAGAGAUGAUUUAGGGCUUGAGAUUUGCAGUGAUACCAACUUAUAGUGAUGAUGUCCUAUAAGAGAAUUACCCAACCACAUUGUGAUAGGAGAAAGAGAAACCUUCACUUUGGUAUUUUGUUCAAAAAAAUACAAAGCUAUCUUUAUUUUUCCAUUUGCUGCCCAGGAAGCAGCAGGAGAUGGUGACAGAUAUGCUUUGCAUAUGGAUUGCUAUGUUUUUAUUUGGGCAAGUUUAAUUUAUGACAAACUCAAAAAGAAAGGGGGAGGGGGGUCAGUUUAAGCUGAAAGAAACUUUCUAAACAAUGUAUAUGUACACAGCAAAAUUAAACAAAUCCAACAAUUUCUGAAGCUUAGUGUAAUUGAGUGGCGGUUGUUAGCAUUAAAUAAAAUUCUUCCCAAAAGCAUGUCUCUCCCAAGAGUGGAGUUCCCGUGAGUCACUUCCUGAACCCACUGAUCAAAGGUGGAUGCAGACAGCCCCGUAGUCACUGACAUUCAGAAGAUGCGAGCCGCUUACUGACUGUAUAUGUGUAUAUUCCUUUACCAUAUGGAAGGGAAACCGUUGUCCACAAAAUUGGUGUUCUUUUUGGGUUUUAUGUACAGACUUGUCCAAUAACGUGCGUGGUUUCUGUGAGCAGCUGACGACUCUGCAACGAAGCUCUUGCCGCUCUUUCAUUUUAAGUUGGGUUUGUGUUUUUUUCCCAAAUGUCGGAAGGCCUACAGCUCUUCCUGCCCUCCCCCCACUUUCAGAGAUAGGAAAGCAAAUAUUUAGAAGAACUCCUUUUGAAAGCUGUGUCGUGUUCCCUGUGAAAUUGAGUGGGUGUGUGUCCACGCCCUGAGUGCCACGUGCUUGUGUGCAGAGGACGAGGUGGCCUGCUGGUUCCACGCUGCUGUGCUUCGCAUCGCUGACGCUCCACGCUCCCGUCGCCAGCGGCACUGGCUGUGCUCCUCCGCCACGACACCCCGCGCCACUGUUGUACUCACAGCCCGGUGAAUAAAGUGCUGUGCUUUAUUCAUA